AAAAAUAAUCAGCGUUGAGUUACUCCGGUAUAAAUCCGGUAUUGUGCCCGCUCUCAAUUUCCGUAGUGGAAAUGACGACACAACGCUUCAGAUUUAUAUAUUCGAUGGGUUUACUGGCUCUUCGUAACCAGGUUUUUACUAAAGAUCUCUGUAAUAACUGUUCCAUUGUCCAUCCUUGUCCAUAAAAUUGGAAUUGCAUGUCGGACUGCGUCAUUUGCUUGCUUGUGUCACAUCGUGCUGUUAAACCCCUCCCACAAUAAUGGGCUGGGCACGGUAAUGCAAUAACAACACUGAUUGCAGCUUUGUUUUGACCGUUACUCAUCGCAUAUGUUAGGAGUUUAUAGAGCUGAACGUCACUUCAAAAGGUGAUCGUAAAAGAUAUCGAGUGAGUGAAGCCUGCUGACCAACAGAAAAGGACUAAAGCAUGUACCCAUUUGGAGGUGUCUCUGCACGCAUUCAGAAGGAUAGACUACAUGCAGAAGGGAUUGGAACAAAUGAGAGGGCGCUUAAGUUCCUCAACCAGGACUUUGAGUCCUUAAAGCAGGAGUGCCUGGAAAGCGGCUGCCUGUUUGAGGACCCCUGCUUCCCCGCCGAGCCUCCUUCUCUGGGCUUUAAGGAGCUGGCCCCAAAUUCAUCCAAAACCCGGGGUGUGGAGUGGAUGAGGCCCACAGAGCUUUUAGAUAACCCUGUGUUCAUUUUGGGUGGAGCCACAAGGACUGAUAUCUGUCAAGGAGCACUAGGUGACUGCUGGCUCCUGGCAGCCAUUGCUUCCCUCACCCUCAACGAGAAGUUGCUACACAGAGUGGUCCCUCAUGGCCAAACCUUCCAAGACAGCUAUGCUGGCAUCUUCCACUUCCAGUUCUGGCAGUUUGGAGAGUGGGUGGACGUUGUCAUUGAUGACCGGCUGCCUGUCAAAGAUGGCGAGUUGAUGUUUGUUCACUCCGCCGAUGGUAACGAGUUCUGGAGUGCCCUGAUCGAGAAGGCUUAUGCUAAACUGAAUGGCUCCUAUGAGGCUCUAUCUGGUGGCAGCACCACAGAAGGCUUUGAAGAUUUCACCGGCGGCGUAGCAGAGAUGUUUGAGCUACGCAAGGCACCUAAGGAUCUGUACUGGAUUAUUGGGAAAGCGCUGAAGAGAGGCUCCCUUAUGGGAUGCUCCAUUGACAUCACCAGUGCCUUCGACAUGGAGGCAGUGACUUUUAAGAAGCUGGUCAAAGGCCAUGCCUACUCUAUCACGGGACUGAAAGAAGUGAACUUCCGGGGUAACACGGAGAGGUUGAUUCGUAUUCGUAACCCCUGGGGACAGGUGGAGUGGACGGGGGCUUGGAGUGAUAAAUCACCUGAGUGGAAUGCGAUUGAUCCAUCAGAAAGGGAAAACAUGCAUAGUCAGAUGGAGGACGGGGAGUUCUGGAUGUCCUUCCAAGAAUUUCUCCGUCAGUUCUCCCGUUUGGAGAUUUGUAACUUGACAGCAGAUGCCCUCAGUGAUGACAGCCUCAGUUUCUGGAAUACCAUCAAGUUUGAUGGAAGCUGGAGGAAGGGCAGCACUGCUGGAGGCUGCCGAAACCAUCCAAACACCUUUUGGAUCAACCCCCAGUAUAAAAUUACCUUGCUAGAGGAGGACGAUGACCCUGAGGAUGAAGAAGUGGCCUGUAGCUUCUUAGUGGCGCUCAUGCAGAAGAAUAGGCGCCGCUACCGACGCCAGGGCCAGGACAUGCACACUGUCGGCUUUGCCAUUUACGAGAUUCCAGAAGAGUUAAAGGGUUGUCAAAGUGUUCAUCUGAAGAAAGACUUUUUCCUGAAACACUCGUCGUGUGCACGUUCAGAGACCUUUAUUAACCUGAGGGAGGUGAGUGCACGACUGCGCCUGCCACCAGGGGAAUACCUAGUGGUACCAUCAACUUUUGAACCAGGAAAGGAGGCAGACUUUGUCCUCAGAGUUUUCACAGAGAAGCGGUCUGAGACAGAAGAACUGGAUGAUGAAGUAGUUGCAAACUUUGAAGAUGAGGACAUCUCAGAGAGAGACAUUGAUGACUCCUUCAGGGCCAUGUUCGCUAAGUUAUCUGGGGAGGACAUGGAAAUUUCUGUCCGUGAGCUUAUGACAAUUCUCAAUAGAGUGGUGACCAAACACAGGGACCUAAAGACUGAUGGAUUCAGCAUGGAGUCUUGUAGAGGCAUGGUCUGCAUGAUGGAUAAAGAUGGCACCGCUCGUCUUGGUCUAACUGAGUUUCAAAUUCUUUGGAAUAAGAUCAAAAGGUGGCUGGAAAUCUUCCGGCAGUUUGAUCUGGACAAGUCUGGAUGUAUGAGCUCCUAUGAGAUGCGUCUAGCCUUGGAAUCUGCUGGAUAUAAAUUAAACAACAGGCUGAACCAGGUGCUUGUCGCCAGAUAUGCUGAAAAUGAGGUCAUCGACUUUGACAACUUUGUCUGUUGUCUGGUCAAGUUGGAAGCCAUGUUCAAGGCCUUCCGGGAGUUGGACAGAGAAGGCACUGGACGUGCUGAAAUGAAUAUCACGGAGUGGCUGUAUAUGACCAUGUGUGGUUGAAGAGUUUGCUGAUCUUGUUUACAGUAGAAAGAGGAUAUAGGAUAUACCUGUUGUAGAGUAUUUUAGAAAUUAGAACAAAUAGAAUUGGUGCCCUGAUCAGGUCAAGGUUUUAAAGUGGAUGGACCCCGUUGCAAAAAAGAACAUAGCAGGAAGUAAAAGCAGAAAGUGUAUUAAUCUGUCCUGUGAUUCAUUUAAUCAACUGAACUGGCAAAAUACAUUUGGUAAAGAGUUAAAUGAAACAAAAAACUUUUGGAAUAGAAGUUGUGUCCAGGUAGAGUUAACACCUGAAUUCUGUCCUCGCACAAAAAAAAAUGAUCUAACAAAGUUGAUAAUCUCUCAUGAUUUAUGUUUUAUUAAUAGACUCACAUUGUAAUUACUGUGUUUCAGGUGAAAAACAUUUAGAAUGUUUUUCAGGUUUAAAAGAAGGGAGUGCUAAAUACUACCUUCCACUCAUAUUGGUGUUUGUACUCCAAGUCAUUGAUAGAUGCAAUUCAUUGAAUAUGAAAUGAACAUACAGUUCUGGUCAAAUUACUGGCUAUUGUAUAUCAAAUACAGUAUCUCCUGAAAAAAAAGUAAAACAGCUGUAAUCUAUAUAGACUCUUAAGUUGGAUACAGAUCCGCAAAGAAAAAAAAAAGAAAAAAGAAAAAAAUAUAUAUAAAGAAUGUAACAUUCCCAUGACGAUGUUAUUGGCAUCCUCUUGUAGAAUUCAUAUCAGUUUAACAAGAACUAAAUUGUUAUUGCUGUGAAAUUAGACCAUAAUAAAUUGUCAGUGUUCAUACGGCUUGAAUUAACCAAUUAAUGAUGGCUUUAAUGCUUAAAAAGGCUUUUAAUGCUUUAAUGCUCUUUCACAAUAGCGAAGACAAGAGAGCUAUCUUGAGAAUCAGAAAUGCUGUUAUCACCAAACAUUAGAAUUCUCCAAAAGCCAUGGAAUCCCUGUUUCAACAGUUAACAAUGUUAUUAAGAAUGUUGCUGCUUGUGGAACUGUCAAAACCCUCCCAGGACAUGGUGGCAAGAGGAAAAUCAGAGAAGUAUUUGAUGGGUGGUGCAAACUGUGGUAAAAACACCAUAUUAAACAUCCUCACAACUUAAAGCUGACCUGGAGCAAGCUGGAGGGCCGGUAUCAACCAAACCAUACGCCCCACAUUGAACAAGGACUUUAUGGACGAAGCCCAAGGAGGACCCCACUGCUGAAAACAAAACAUUAAAAAGGCACAACGUAUCUUUGAAUAAACCUACCUAGUGUAAACACAGUCAUUCCGAGUCAGAGAAAGGUUCUAUGGACAGAUGAAACCGAAGUAGAGCUCUUGGGCAAUGCAGACCAGUAAUUUGUUUACAUAUUAUGAAUUGAUGCUUAUGUGGACAAGAACACCCUACCUACAGUAACAUAUGGUGGAGGACUCCAAUGUUGUCCAGGUCAUAUUUUAUGAUUUGAAAGGCUUGUUUUUUUGUUUUAACGUACCUUGGCACAACCCAUUUAAAUAUUCUGAAAAUACAAAGUAGAUACAUUUCCAAUUAUUUCUGAAGAUAUUGUAUAUGUUAUACAAAAUAUUCAAGGGUGCCAAUAAUGUUGACCAGAACUGUAAGUUUUCCAUGAAAUGUUGAGUUCUCUUAACCUCUUUACCACAUUUAUUGCAUGUGUCACAUCAAUCAACAUAAUUAGAAUUUGCUUUCUACAAAUAACCAUGGAAAUAAUUGCAUCACAAUAACAGGUAGCUAUUGCAAGUGUACCCCUGAUUUUAACAGUCAUUGUAUUACCAGUGUGCCUCAAAAACAACUCAAUACACCAAACUAAAGCUUGCAUUAUUAAAAGGGAAAAAAAUAUUAUUAGUACUGUCACUUUUAAUACCUCUGUGCCUCUGCUUAAUAACUUGGCAAUUGCAUUUAAGCUGGUCAUUUACACAUGAUGACAACAUAGUUAUCUUAUAUGUGUAAUGCAUGAUUAUACAAUGACAAUGCUUUCAGGGUAUCCCAUUAUGCAAAAAAUGCAUGCAUACAGUAUUUACAUUUAUUCCAAAGACCAAAAUCUUGAGGUAUUAUUGUACAUUUUUGAAGAUUGACCUGUGAUGUGAGUCUGAAAAGAGAAGAUGACAUCUUACUCUGUGACAUUCCCAUGAAUUUGUUUUGCUGCCUACCAUAUAUUCAAAAUUUUUAGAUGCUUUAGAAUAUUUACUGCACAUUUUACUGAUGCUUUAGUUUUAAGAACUUUAUCAUUAGAGUACAUCAGGUAAAAAAAAAAGGUAAAAAAUGUGUUAGUCUCAAAAUCUGUAUGAAAAAAUUACAAAAAAAAUAAAAACUCUCAAA